AUGUCAACUUGUAGUUGUACCUUUAAAGUAUGUAGCUCCAGCUCCUCUCACAUACCUUCUUCUGUCAGGCACAAUUAUGACCACUUCAAAGAUCGAAGCUCACUUUCGUUUCAGCUUAAGCCAAUGUUGGGAAAGUUGGAACACAUUCUUAAGGAUGUAAAUCAAACAAUGAAGAUGAUUCCGGUGAAGUUGUUGGAUGCUUUUGUCGAUAUAGCCUUUGAAAUCGUUGAUCAGCCAUUACUCCCUUCUCAGAAUAAUUUUGCUCCGGUCGAAGAGUUGGGAGAGGCAUUUCGUAUCACUGAUAUUGAAGGGACAAUUCCUUAUGAUUUUCCGGAGGGCGUUUACAUAAGAAACGGUCCAAACCCUCUAUUUGGAGGAUAUAAAUCUGCUAUCUCGAUAUUUGGAAAAUCAAGCCACACAUGGAUAGAAGGAGAAGGAAUGCUCCAUGCUGUGUACUUCAGUAAAUCAAACCAAAGCAGCUGGACCAUUUUCUACAAUAACAGAUAUGUCGAGUCAGACACAUUCAAAUUAGAAAAGCAAAGAAGGAAACUGGCAUUUCUUCCUGCAGCUGAAGGGGAUCCGGCUGCUGUUUUUUCUGCUCAUCUGCUAAAUUUGUUGAGAUUUGGCAUGGUAGACAAGUACCUUAGCAAUACUAAUGUCUUCGAGCAUUCGGGGAGGUUCUACGUGACUGCCGAGAAUCAUAUACCCCAAGAGAUUAAUAUUAAGACACUAGAAACUCUAGGGAAAUGGGAUGUUGAUGGAACUUGGACUCGACCAUUCAGUAGCCAUGCCAAGAAAGUUCGAUCUACUGGAGAACUAGUUACAUUUGGGUUUUAUCCGCAAAAACCCUAUUUUGAAAUCGGAAUUAUCUCAGCUGAUGGCAAGAAAGUAGUUCAGAAAGUUGAUCUCAAAUUCAAGAGAUGUACCCUUAGCCAUGAGAUUGGCAUUACACAGAGGUACAAUGUGAUCAUGGAUUUUCCACUCGUAAUAGAUAUAAAUCGACUACUAGCCGGUGGACCAUUAAUAAAGUACGUGAAAAAAGAAUACGCAAGAAUUGGCGUAAUGCCUAUAUAUGGUGAUGCUGAUUCUAUCAAAUGGUUCGAGGUUGAACCUGCGGCAGCAUUUCAUAUUGUCAACUGUUUUGAGGAUGCUGAUGAGGUUGUUGUGAUCGCCUGCAAAGCUCGUGAAUCAAUUAUACCAGGACCAGAAUUUGGAUUGGACAAAUAUGAGUGGUUUUCUAGCGGUUUCAAGCAUAUAAAACCAGUACGUAAAUCCGAUCAAGAUUCACAGGACGGAGCAUUUUUCACUCGGGUUUAUGAGUGGAGAUUGAACAUGAAAUCUGGAGAGGUGAAGGGGAAAUAUCUCACUGGGACAGAGUUCUCUAUGGACUUUCCUAUCAUAAAUGAGAAAUUUACUGGAGUUAAGAAUAAAUAUGGAUACACACAGGUUAUUGAUUCUGCAGCAAGCUCGAUUUCAGGCAUGGCAAAAUACGGGGGACUAGCGAAGCUUCAUCUUGAAGAGAAAACAUCUGAAUUUUUUCAAGCGGAUCAACAACCUGGGGAAGUGACAAAGAUUGAGUAUCACAAGUUUCCUGAAUGCACAUUUUGCUCAGGAGCUACUUUUGUUCCUAAAUUUGGAAGUCUAGAAGAGGACGAUGGCUGGAUUACCGCAUUUGUACACAACGAAAAGACUAACAUAUCUCAGGUAUAUAUAGUUGAUGCCAAGAAUAUUUCGAGUAAGCCAAUUGCCAAGAUCAAGCUACCCAGUAGGGUACCGUACGGUUUCCAUGGGGCUUUUUUUAGCGACAAACACAGCGACGAAAUCAGGAUUUUUGGUUAG